ACUAUUUCUAAAAAACUUAGUAUUUUUAAAUUGUGUUAUAUUUUCUCUUGAAGAUAUGAUGAUGCAGUUACGUAUAUUUUUAUAUAUAUUUUUAUUAAUGUUCUUCGUCGGAAUCGUCUUGGGAAAGGGGGAAUACGGAAAAUAUGCAUUUGAAGAAAUAUUGAAAAGAGAAUCGAGAGAUAUAAGUGAGAAAAAUUCGAAUUAUGUAGCUUUUCCUGGGUUUUAUUUAUAUCAAUUUUUAUAUCAAUUUUUAUAUCAAUUUUUAUACAUCCUAAAAAUUGGAACUGCAUUAUGCAACAAUGAAGAAUUGGCUCCUUUUGUAAAGGACUGGGAAAUAUGUAAGGUGGCUAAUUAUCUCAAUGAUACAUUCUGUCAACACUUUCAAGUCAAAGAAUAUUUGGAUUCAAAAAAUUAAUUUGGAGUAAAAAGCAGCUAUGAAAGUUAUAAUCAUAAGUUUUAG